GCCAUCAAGUUCCUAUACUACGUCACAGAAGUCUGUUGAUUUCAUGGAAAAGAUACGCAGUGUCUUCAGCCAAGUGUUGUUUGUUGUCUCUACAAUAUUACAAGUGUUGUCAAUUUCGCUCAGGAAGUGAUAUAUACAACAAUGAAAUUGACAUUGACUAAAGUGUUACACUAUGGCUUGUUGUUGAUGGCAGCAUAUAUUGUUUACACAUGGCUCGUGCAGGAUAAAGACAAAAGUGACUACGAUCGUCAUCCUCGCAACAAAGAUAAGUUCAAGGACAGCGACACGGGGGUGAAAGGUCAAGGUCACAAGUAUGCUGAUGGGGCACGCCAUGUCAAGGAUGAUUCACAAGAAAAUGUAAAAAGAGCCAAAGAUUACAACGACGUUAUAGACCAACAUAGACAGCAGGAACGACAGCAACGAGAACAGGAACUUGAUAGGAAUGACGCCCAAAGAGAACAGGAAGACAAAAUGAAACGAAACGAAAAAUAUAUAAUGGAAGACAAAAAAAAGCCGCUAGAAAAUAGAGAACGAGACAAAAGAAAGCAGGAUGAUAUAAAACAACAAAAAGAUGAUCUGAUUCCGGAUAUAGAGCCAAAAUUGGUCAAAGACUUAGGCCCGAAAGUUGAACCGAAAAAGGUCAAGGAAAUAAUCAUGGACGAUAGAUUUGAUGACGGGCCGGCUAAAGCGGGUAAAAAGAAUGAAGAAGUGCAGAAGAUGAAGUGGAAGGGAAUGGAGGAAGACGGAGAAGAUCUUUUGAAAGAACUCAACAAUGCUGCUUUGAAGGGUGACCCGGAUGUUCACAAACAGAUGGACAAACUCAGUGAUCACAAAAACGUCAAAAUUCCAAAACUGCAAAAGGGGUUCGGAGAUGAGCACGACGACCUUGACACAGCGGCUGAGAAGGUACAACGAAGGAAGGAGUUCUUUCAAAAGGUCAGCAAAUACGAGUCAAAAGUUCAAAUGUCGGAGGACAAGCAUAUUCACGAAACUGAGGACGAUUUUGCAUUUGUCACGGCAGCGAACAGCGACACCUAUCAAGGAGCGCUCAGGUUUAUCUACAGCGUCCAGCACAACUUCCCUAACGCGGAGAUAGGAAUCUUUAAUAUUGGUCUCUCACAACAAGAAGCAUCCUUUAUUAGAGAGCUCUGCAGCGUGGAGCUGCUGCCAAACAUGUUGCCGCUAUAUCCAGAUCAUGUGCAAGAGAAACAGGAUGAAAAGUUCUGGAGGCCUGUCAUCUUGGAUAUUGCACUGAACAGAUUCGGCCAUUUUGUCUUCGUGGAGCCAAUGAGGUUCAUUAAGAACGGCGUUGACCUUCGAGGUCACUAUGCAUUGUCACGUAAGGGCGGUGCAGCCAUGUUCGGAACCCUGAAGAGCUACUCUAGUGCCGUUGUGACGAACCCCGAGAUGUAUUACUACCUUGCAGUAGACGUCCGUAAGUUGCUCCGAUUGCAACACGUGGAGAUCAAUAUGAUGAUCAUGCACAACUCGAAUCAUCUGAAACAUUUUUUCACCAGAUGGCUGGUGCAGUGUGCCCUGGAAGAAUACUGCAUGGCACCUCCAGGGUCAAAGAGGAAGUGCAACCUCAACCUCUAUCCCAAGUCCAAAAAGUACGCCGACUGUCACAGAUACGACGAGUCGGCCAUCAACCUCCUCCUGGCUUCGUGGCACAAUUAUGAUAUUGAUCAUUACGCCGCACAUGACAUUGUGACAUCAUAUUUUGACGGCCGUGAUGUUAGACGGUUCCUUAAAGUCUGUAAUUUGUUACCAAAAGAAUUAUAAAAACGUUCAAAAUUGGUUCCCUAUCUAUGAUCUUCGGAUCUCUCCCAAAACCGACAGAGAUGGAAAACCAGCUUCCAAGAUAUCCCUGUCCCAUGUUACAUGUGUCAUAGUUUGUUACACGUACAUGCAGUUGAACCUCGUUAUAACGUCAUCGUUGGGUCUGGCCAUUUUGUCGAUUUAAAUCGACCACAGCAACACGAAGGUGUCUCGUCUUAAGUUGCUGCUUCACUUAAGGAAGUGUUUCAUAACUGAAACUUAUUUUAUCUACGUGACAUCUGCACAAAAUUGUAGCCGAAUAAGAGAUAUCGAUGUAUUUGAAGUGUUUCAGCAACAUCGAGUCAGGUAUUUGUACAUUAAAUAUGAUAAAUUAUUAAUAAAAAAAGUAUCCAUACGUAAGUGUCGAUGUUUCAGCAAAAUAUUCGAUAUUGAAGAUGUAUAUAUUGUAAUGUAUCAAUGUAUUUAGAGUUAUUUAUCAAUGUAUUGGUCGAAAUACGUUAUGUAAAUAUCUAGCACAAAGACAUGCCAAAUGGACAAAUCAGAAACAUCUUUAAGUCAUACCCCAUCAAGAACCUGUCCAUAGCUUUAAACAUAACACUUAACCACUUAACUACCGGACAAAGAAAGAAUGCACCCAUAUUAUAGAUAGCUAAACACGUAACAAAAAAAACCAACGUUUAUUCGAUGGUGAUAUAUUUGAUAAGGCUUCCAUGGUUGUCCGCUGAACCUUACGCUGGCAGUGUUUUGAUCAUGUUCGGAAGUUUUGUGUUGAUCCAAUUUUCAAGUGUCAUUUUGAUUCUGGAAAUCUAAACAAAAUCUUACAUAGUUAGGAUAAACAUGCUUGUCUGCCAUAUGCGUAACCUUAGAUAUUUGACGACGCAAUAAUAUCCUUUAGGACAGAUUUUUUUUGGAGAUUCGUUUGAAACGAAUGUGUUUUCGUAUUGUAGCUUGGCUUUGUGGUCAUAUUGCAGUUUUCAUAGAGAGUUGCGUCCCUUACCAUAUUGGGAUUCUCGUUAGUCAGACUCACUGGUUAGGAUUCUUGUUUUGUCAGCAACAGUCCGUGCUCACAUGCCCAUCUUUUGGAUUAUAAUAUAAAAUAUAUGACGACAACAUAGAUAAAUACGGUAAAACCCGCUCAUGUUGAGUUAAAGGAAGUUAUCGAGUGAGGCCCAAAGACCGGAUGAUCUCAAGUAUCAUGUGACCUAAAUGCGUCACAAAUCCCUUCCUUGCGCACAACACCAGGGACUUGUUUGUUUUUUUUCAUUAUUGUGCUAAGCGAUGUCAAUGGUUCAUAUUGUUGUUUAUUGUGUGUUGAUGAUUGGAUAAUCAAUGAGUGGAGGUAUCGAUGACGUAUAUACAAAAGAACAUACAUACCCAGAGUUUUGGUAAUUUCUUAAUAAAAAGACAACGUAAACAUUUUGAAAAGUAUUUUGAUUGUGACUUGCAUGACACAGACAUUAUAUACAAGUUGCAAGAACUAUGUGUUUAGGACUCGUAAGUCGCAAUCAAAACAUUAUUUACAAAAUAUUUACGUUGAUUUUUUAAAUGCGAUUCCGAAGACUGACUGACUGACUGAGUUUGGUUUUACGCCGCUUUAAGCAAUAUUCCAGCAACAUCACGGCGGGAUUCCAAAGAACCAGAUGUAUACUUUCUUUUGUGUGUCAGUAUGUUUUCCAUGUAUACCUUUAUACCGCCAAAACUGUUGACGGAUACCUUCAACAUUAUGUUGGAUUGUGACGAGGAUGACUUGUAUGCAUUUAACUAAAUUCCAUGCAUGAUUUCGUGAGCAAUAAUUGAUCGAUAUCAACAUUAAUAUCUCCUUGUACAUAGAUGAAGAUAUAAACUGUGUUAUGCCUAGUGGAUAUGAAUGACGUGCUUUUUUGUUGAAUUCAUGUCUCUGUACACUAUUAUGGAAAAGGUAAAUAAUGAAAUAAACUAUUUGUGUAGA